AUGGAACUUCGUCUGGUUUUGCCAGACAAUAAAAAUGAAAUUUGUCGAUUUUGUUUAAAUGUUAAUCAAUCAGUUACCUAUCCAUUGUUUUAUGAAAGAGAACCAACCAAACUGCACGAACUAGCGUCCAAUUUACAGUUAGAAAUACCUUAUGAAGAUAUCCUUCCAAACAACAUUUGUUACAACUGUGAACGACAACUUCAAGCCAUCAGUAGCUUUAAACUUUCAAUAAUUGAUAACGAAAAGAUACUUAGGUGUGUUUAUGUUCAAUCCAUAGAAAAUGAAUUACCCAAAUCAGAUCCAUCUGAAAUAACUGAACCACAGACUGAUGGAGACACUGAAAGAAAAUUAGACCUUGAAAGUGAUCAGGAUCAAUGUACAGAAUUUUAUGAGGAUCCUGAAGUUGAGGAAGCAACAACAGUAAAAGAUGAUAUAACAAAAGAAGAAUCAAUAGAACAACCAGAAAAAAAUAAUAGAAGUAAAUUGGGUUCUUGUGAAAAAUGUGGGAAGAGUUUCAGAAAAGACUACUUAAAAAAGCACAAAACAAGAUGUAAAGGGAAUGUAAAAAUUCAAGAGAACGAGAGUUCUGAACAGGAAUCAACAACAUACAAUUGUACAGUAUGCAAUGAACAUUUUGAAACAGAAUUAAGGUGUUCCCUUCACUAUAUUCAGCAUUUUUUAUAUGAAGGCAAAGAAAAAAUAGAUCCUAUAGUAUUUUGUAAUUUUUGUGGGUUCAUCCUGCAGACUUAUGAAGAAUAUUUAUCUCAUAUCACUGAAAAGCAUUCAGAUUGGUGUUCAAAAACAUGGGUAUGUAAGUUAUGUUCCUAUGGUUAUUCUACUGAGUUUGAGCUGGUGGCACACAUGCACACAUCAGAGUUUUGCAAGACAAUUCAAGUGGAUAAUGCUGACAGAAACUGUUUAAUUUGCAAAAAAGAAUUUGAUGGACCACUUUCGAAUCACCUGAAAAAGCAUUUACUUAAAAGGCAUGGAUGUCUGAAAUGCCAAGAUAAAUUUAUUACACUUAUAGCACAUAAUAAUCAUCUGGUAAGCCACCCAGAGUACAAACACAAAUGUAACCAUUGCAGUAGAAUGUUCGUCUUAAAAUCAAAUAUGGAAAAACAUAUCAAAGAAAUGCAUGAAGAUGAAAAAUAUAUUUGUGAAAUUUGCUCAAAAUUUUUCAACAGAAAAAAUAACUUAUUAAGUCACAUAAGACAGAAACAUGACAACCAGUCAAUGAAAAUAAUUUGUCCACUUUGUGGCUACAGCACUGUAUCAAAACAUGACUUGAAAAGACAUGAAAGAUUCCACACCAAUGAAAAACCAUUCAAAUGCAAUUUCGAUGCCUGCAACAAAGCAUACAAAACUAGCAGUGCUCUGAGCCAUCACAAGAAGACCCAUCUAAACAUCAGAAAUUACAACUGUGAGUUGUGUGAUAAAUCAUUCUAUACCUCAAAUCAUUUAAAGGAUCACAUGUAUAUACAUACUGGUGAAAGAAACUUUGGCUGUAACAUAUGCGGAAAUGCGUUUAAAAGGAAAGAUCAACUGUCGGCGCAUCUAAAAAUACACAAGCCAAGAUCUAUUGAAAUUCAAAUUGAAACGAAACCCAUCAAUACUGAACACAGUUAUGUCAUCAAAUUUUAAUUUUUGAUGGUGUUCAAUUUUUAAAGUGCACAAUUGUCUUUCACAUGAAAUGUUUCCUACCUCCAUCAUAUGUACAUAUUUCAAUAGUUUAUUAUUAUAUUACAAAUAUUACUUGUUGAUUAUAUACAUCUGUAUGUAUAUGAAUUAUUAAUUAUGAUUUUAUUCCAUCACAGGUCACUUUAUAAAAGAGAUCCCAUUGUUCCAAUUUAGACAUUUUUAUAUAAUUUAUUAGUAUGUUUACUAUUUUGGUAAAAUUAAAUGUAAUUCUAUAAAUAUGAAAUAUUUGUAGUGUAAUGCAGGAGAGAGGCAGCAUUUUUAUGAAAAUAUUCUAGUAAAUAUUAAUAAAAUAUUUUAUUUGCAAAACAGGUUUUGUAAUAAAAAAAUA